UAGUUGUUUUAGCAAUCGCAAAAUUUUGCUUUCCGCCAUCCGACGUUAUUGUAACUGCAAUAAAUUGCAUUGUUAAAAAUUGUACAAAAAGUGUUUGCGUAACUGAUGUAGGGAAAAUUAAACAUGGGCCUUAGCUACUUCGAGAAUGUUGGAUAUUUCUUACGAAACUGCAAUGGCAAAACUUUGCGUUACGACCAAGCAUGCCUGCAAAUUGUAACAAAUGAACAAAUAUCCUUCUGGAGCCAAUAUGAGGAAUGCGAGGAUUGUAUACUGUUGAAGACAGCUGACUUUAAUCAAACUGGAGAUGUCGUGAUAGAAACUUUUAGUCCCCUGCGUUAUGUUGUACAAAAUGAACAAGGCCGCAGUUGCAAUGGGACCUAUGCUUUCGGUGAAUUUGGACAGUAUUCCCUUAACUUAACAAAUGGCUGGCCUGAGGAGUGCCAGCCGCGUAUGACAGCGGAGCCAGAUGCCGCCUUCCUUCCGAUACUCACAGCUAUAGUGGUGUUAUUGUCUAUGGCCACACUAUGGUACAUUGUCAAAGGAAUUGGGAAGAGGGUGGUUGCUGGAAGGUUUUAUGCGAGAUAUUUUGCAAGGGAGGAUAAUGAGCUUGGAUCGGAAACACGUGUCUUAACAACUGAAGCGAGUGUUCCUCGAUCUCCAACGCGUUCUCGGUUGCGAUCUCUUGAUAUAUUCAGAGGAUUCUCUAUUGCUCUUAUGAUUUUCGUGAACGCCGGUGGCGGUGGCUAUGGCAUCUUCAAGCAUUCUGUUUGGAAUGGUCUAACUGUCGCUGAUGUUGUGUUCCCAUGGUUUGCGUUUGCGAUGGGCGAAGCCCUAGUGCUCUCACUGCAUGCCAGACUUAGGACUUCGCUGCCGAGACUGUCAGCAUUUGGUCAGGUGGCGCGGCGUUCGUUAUUCCUAUCGUUGAUUGGAAUUUGCCUGAGCUCGGUGGACGUGUCUUGGAGUGAUGUGCGGUUACCUGGAGUGCUGCAGCGUCUUGCAGCAAUGUAUCUGAUAGUUGGGGCUUUGGAGUGCGCUUUUAUGAGGACCAGCCAAAAUAUGACACCAGGUCGUUCCCUCUUCCGUGAUAUCACCGCUGGAUGGCAACAAUGGCUUGCGACAUUACUUCUAGUUGCUAUACAAAUGUGUAUAACUCUUACCGUGGCUGCGCCGGGUUGUCCCCGCGGCUACGCCGGUCCGGGAGGUCUGCAUCGUACAGCUUCCGGAGACUUUACCUUACAGAACUGCACUGGAGGCAUCGCUGGAUAUAUUGACAGAUUGAUCCUCGGCACAUCACAUCUAUACAAGGGUGGUAGAUAUCGUGAUGUGUACCAUACCAAGUUGCCCUACGACCCGGAGGGCAUUCUGGGCGUGUUGUCCGGCGUGCUGGUCGUGCAGGCGGGAGCUCAUGCAACACGUAUCAUGCUGGCUUAUAACCAUGCUAGAGCUCGUAUAAUGCGUUGGGUGUUCUGGUCAGUUGUGUUCGGAGUAUCUGGUGGGGCAUUGUGUAUGUUCACAAAGGAUGGUGGACCAAUACCAGUCAACAAGCCGUUGUGGUCGGUGUCAUAUUGUCUAGUGACAUCAUCGAUGGCAUUCUUCAUACAAGCAGCACUAUAUUUCCUCGUGGAUCUGAAGAAUAAGUGGGGAGGAAGACCUUUGUAUUAUGCUGGUCAAAACGCAUUAUUCUUGUACAUCGGCAGUGAACUAUUGAAACGUAAUUUCCCACUGCACUGGCAUAUUGCUGCGCCCACGCAUUCCCAACUGUUGGCUACACACGCCGCCGCCAUGUUGAUGUGGCUUGCUGUAGGCGUCGCAUUGUAUAAGAAACGCAUCUUUAUUGCAUUGUAAUAAGGUAGAAAUUACAGUAACACCGAUUUUGUAUAUCUAUAUGGGAAUUUGAACCUUAAUACGUUGGGUUAAAGUCGUUUUUACUCUAUUAACUUGUGGUAAUCAGAUUGAAACUACUAUGGGGAUAUAAAACUCAAUGUAAUCAAUAUUUUCGACUUUAUAUUGUUGUUAGGGAAAAUACCCAUACUACGUGACCUAUUUUUUUAGUUUUUUCGACCCCUCCCUCCCCUCGGUGACCACCCGUAGUACAUGCCAAGAAGAUUUUUAGUCAUUUCACAGGC